UGGGAUUCGGGUUCUGCAGUCGGCCCCUGCUGUGAGCGAACAGCUGACCGGAAGCGCAGCCACUUUCACCGGAAAGGAGGAGCAGCUUUUAUUGUUGCCUGAGAGCUGCUGUAAUGGCGGUGUCUCGUCGCUCCUCGCAGCAGCAACAACAGCAGAGCACAUUACAGUCUCCGCCGAGAAGCAGCUCUCUUUCGGGCGCUCCUCCGGCCUCUCCGCCCAUGACUUUGCUGGCCCCGGCUGUCGGACCGUCGGAGAAUGAGAGGGAGUGCAGCGGAGGGAUCGAAAUGGCCGUGGCCUCCCCGGACCUGCCAGCCCCGGUUCUAGCGAGCAGCGCCAGCUCCACCACGACAACCUCUGGCGGCGGCAGCAGCGUCUCCAGCCCCGGUUCCGGAGCUCCCAGUCCCACCGACGGUAGCAGCGGCGUCGGCGGAGCUUUCAGGGAGUUGUUCGAGGCGUGCAGAAACGGAGACGUAUCCAGAGUAAAAAGACUUGUUGACUCGGUUAAUGUAAACGCGAAGGACAUGGCUGGCCGAAAAUCAACUCCGCUACAUUUCGCUGCUGGCUUUGGUAGAAAGGAUGUGGUGGAGCACCUUUUACAGACGGGGGCCAACGUUCAUGCCAGAGAUGACGGAGGCCUCAUCCCUUUGCAUAAUGCCUGCUCUUUCGGGCAUGCAGAGGUUGUCAGUCUCCUCUUGUGUCAAGGUGCAGACCCCAAUGCCAGAGAUAACUGGAACUACACCCCGUUACACGAGGCAGCCAUCAAGGGGAAGAUAGAUGUGUGCAUUGUGUUACUCCAGCAUGGAGCUGAUCCAAAUAUCCGAAACACUGAUGGCAAAUCAGCUCUGGAUCUGGCUGACCCUUCAGCCAAGGCUGUACUUACAGGUGAAUACAAGAAGGAUGAACUUCUGGAAGCAGCAAGGAGUGGAAAUGAAGAAAAGCUGAUGGCCCUUCUGACCCCAUUGAAUGUCAACUGUCAUGCCAGCGAUGGUCGCAAGUCAACCUCACAAAAAAUGCUGUCCACGCCCCUCCACCUGGCCGCCGGCUACAACCGGGUCCGCAUCGUCCAGCUGCUUCUCCAGCACGGCGCAGAUGUUCACGCUAAGGACAAAGGCGGCCUGGUUCCUCUUCACAACGCCUGUUCGUACGGCCACUUCGAAGUCACAGAGCUUCUGCUCAAACACGGAGCCUGUGUGAACGCCAUGGACUUGUGGCAGUUCACUCCUCUCCAUGAAGCAGCGUCCAAAAACAGAGUCGAGGUUUGCUCCCUUCUUCUGAGCCAUGGGGCUGAUCCCACGCUGCUGAACUGCCACAGCAAGAGUGCAGUGGACAUGGCCCCCACACCCGAGCUCAAAGAAAGGCUCACCUAUGAGUUCAAAGGUCACUCACUUCUGCAGGCGGCCCGUGAGGCCGACAUGGCCAAAGUGAAGAAGACGCUGGCUCUAGAGAUCAUCGGCUUCAAACAUCCACAAACCAACGAGACGGCUCUGCACUGUGCGGUGGCGUCGCCCCACCCAAAGAGAAAGCAGGUGACUGAGCUGUUGCUCCGUAAGGGUGCCAACAUUAACGAGAAGAACAAAGACUUCAUGACUCCUCUGCAUGUCGCCGCUGAGAGAGCACACAAUGAUAUCCUUGAGGUGCUUCAGAAACAUGGAGCGAAGGUGAACGCCGUGGACACACUCGGUCAGACGGCCCUCCACAGGGCAGCGCUGGCUGGACACAUCCAGACCUGCAAGCUGCUGCUGAGCUACGGGGCCGACCCCUCCAUCGUGUCCCUGCAGGGCUUCACCGCCGCUCAGAUGGGCAACGAGGCCGUGCAGCAGAUUCUUAAUGAAAAUGUGCCCACUCGUAACUCUGAUGUGGACUACAGAUUUCUGGAGGCUGCCAAAGCAGGGGAUCUGGACACGGUGCAACAACUGUGCACCCCUCAGAACGUAAACUGCAGGGACUUGGAGGGCCGCCACUCCACUCCUCUCCACUUUGCAGCUGGUUACAACCGAGUGGCCGUCGUUGAGUACCUUCUCCACCAUGGAGCCGACGUUCAUGCCAAAGACAAGGGUGGUCUGGUUCCCCUCCACAACGCGUGCUCUUAUGGGCACUACGAGGUGGCUGAGCUGCUGGUCCGACACGGCGCCUCGGUCAACGUGGCAGACCUUUGGAAGUUCACCCCACUUCACGAGGCUGCAGCCAAAGGAAAAUACGAGAUCUGCAAACUGCUUCUGAAACACGGAGCCGACCCAACCAAGAAGAACCGCGACGGCAACAUUCCCCUGGACAUGGUGAAAGAUGGAGACACCGACAUCCAGGACCUGCUGCGGGGCGACGCUGCCUUGCUGGAUGCUGCCAAGAAGGGCUGCCUGGCCCGAGUGCAGAAGCUCUGCUCCCCGGAAAACAUCAACUGCAGAGACGCGCAGGGCCGCAACUCCACCCCGCUGCACCUGGCAGCUGGUUACAACAACCUGGAGGUGGCAGAGUACCUCCUGGAGCAUGGAGCUGAUGUCAACGCCCAGGACAAAGGAGGCCUCAUUCCUCUUCAUAAUGCUGCUUCUUAUGGGCAUGUGGACAUCGCAGCCCUGCUGAUCAAGUACAACACGUGUGUGAAUGCUACAGACAAGUGGGCUUUCACCCCCCUGCACGAAGCAGCUCAGAAAGGCCGCACGCAGCUCUGCGCGCUGCUGCUGGCUCACGGAGCCGACCCCACCAUGAAGAACCAGGAGGGCCAGACUGCCCUGGACCUGGCCACAGCUGAUGAUAUCCGAGCCCUGCUGAUGGACGCCAUGCCGCCCGAUGCCCUGCCCAGCUGCUUUAAACCGCAGGCCACGGUGGUCAGCGCCUCCGUCAUCUCCCCUGCCUCCACGCCAUCCUGUCUGUCAGCUGCCAGCAGCAUAGACAACUUGGCAGGGCCCCUCACGGAGCUUGCUGCCUCCGCGUCUGCCGCCGGGAGCUCUGGAGUGGCAGAUGGCGCCACAGGCACCGACCGCAAGGAAGGGGAAAUGGCAAUGCUGGACAUGAAUAUCAGUCAGUUCCUGAAGAGCCUGGGCCUGGAGCACCUGAGGGACAUCUUUGAGAGGGAGCAGAUCACCCUGGACGUGCUGGCCGACAUGGGCCACGAAGAGCUGAAGGAGAUUGGGAUUAACGCGUACGGCCAUCGUCACAAACUCAUCAAGGGUGUUGAGAGGCUGCUGGGCGGCCAGCAAGGUGCAAACCCAUACCUCACAUUCCACUGUGCCAGCCAGGGUACCAUCCUGAUAGACCUCGCCCCCGAUGACAAAGAGUACCAGUCUGUGGAAGAAGAGAUGCAGAGCACAAUCAGGGAGCACAGAGAUGGAGGCAAUGCAGGUGGAGUCUUCAGCAGAUACAACAUCAUCAAGAUUCAAAAGGUGGUAAAUAAGAAGCUGAGGGAGCGCUACACCCACCGGCAGAAGGAGAUCGCUGAUGAGAACCACAACCAUCACAACGAGCGCAUGUUGUUUCACGGCUCUCCAUUCAUUAAUGCCAUCAUCCACAAAGGCUUUGAUGAGCGCCAUGCUUACAUAGGAGGGAUGUUCGGUGCCGGGAUCUACUUUGCAGAGAACUCCUCAAAGAGCAAUCAGUACGUCUACGGCAUCGGUGGAGGCACGGGAUGCCCGACACACAAGGACAGAUCAUGCUACCUGUGCCACAGGCAAAUGCUGUUCUGUCGAGUGACUUUGGGGAAGUCCUUCCUGCAGUUCAGUGCCAUGAAGAUGGCCCAUGCCCCUCCGGGACAUCAUUCAGUAAUAGGGCGGCCAAGUGUGAACGGUUUGGCCUAUGCCGAGUACGUCAUCUACAGAGGAGAGCAGGCCUACCCAGAGUACCUCAUCACCUAUCAGAUCCUUAAACCAGAGAGCGCAGCCCAGACUGCUGCGGGGGCGGAGCAGAAGUCAUAGUUACUUUACACUGCACACACUGGCAUAAGGACUCCACGCUCGUUAUUUUUGUCCUUUGAAUUGCAAAUGCCUGAACACCCUUUUUGUUACCAGACACAUUUCCAGUCGCUUGCACAGUAGAACCCAUGGUGACCAGUGCGUCAUGAGCAGAGAUGCUGUACUAAACUCUCCUACUCAUGGUGAUAACAUUUAGUUUUGGUUUUCUUUUGCAUCGGCUGCAUGUCCAUACAAAAGCAUGUGAAGCCCAAUAGCGUGCGUGGGUUAGUACUUUGAGUAUUGCUCCCCUUCUCACCGAUUGGGAGAUUGUUCGUUGAGACUUUGAAGCAUUAUUAGCAUUUCCGCUCUUCGUCUCCUCGUGCCUCGUGAUUGUGGAGAUUCACCGACCACCCCUGCUCCAUCCUUACUCACAUCUAGAUGCCCACGCUGUCUCACCAUGAAAACCUGAACCCUGUGGACUACUACCACCCCACCAGACCGGGGCGUAUCCUGUAUAGACUGGCCUGUGGUUACUGUGAUUUUUAAUGCUAAAUCAAUAACACUACCACACAGUUAACAGUAUGUUGUUGUUAUGCUGUAAUACUUACAAACUGUCAUCUUAAGAACUCUACAAACACUGAACUGUUACAUUUUUUUUUUUUGUUUGUUGCGGUUUUUAUUUCUGUGGUUUUAUUCAGAUACAAAAUUUGAGACCAGCUUAUGGACAUUACAGUUUUGUUUUGCAUGAGGGAGGAUGCGUGCUCAGCACUGCAACACAAAACAUCAUAAUAACUCAUAAUGAAGCUGUUGAACAUAGAAGCAUUACAUAUGACUGGGCUCCAUACAGUAGAGUAGGCAGACGUUAAAAUGCGCUUACAAAUAACAGCUUAAAGCCGACCACCCUUCUGGCAUGGCACCACCAUGGUCUUAUUUACAGACAUUCACACAUAAGGAUUUGCACUUUUACAUAGAAACCUAUUUAAGUUAUUUUGAAUUGAAAUAGCAAAUUUGUGGCGAAAACAAAUAUUUGUACAGGUUGUAUAAAUGGUUGUGUAUAACUGUUGCUGUUUGACAGUAACCUCAAGUUAAGUGUAAAUGACAUCUGAAUUUUUUCUUUUCAUGCCUUCUUGAUUCUCCCACUCUUUUUUUAUUUUUAAAUAAAUGUCCCAUUAACAGCU